AUGUCGUGUAAAAAAUGUGGUCGAGACGAUCACGUCAAGCCGUCAUCGUCAAAGUGUGAAGAAAGAAUACUUUUGCAAAAAAGACGGUUCGCCGUUAAGAGCGGUGACGAGGACGUUUCCACAUUUACCAUACAAGAAAAUUUCGGAAAGUUUUGCCCAGAAGUGGAAUUACGUGAACGCAUUAAACGAGACGUCGCCGAGGUAUCCGCCUCUAGCAGUAGAGGCUUCAUUAUAUACGUGUAUUUUCGCAACUACACAAGGUUGUUUCACCACAUCGCACAGUUUCCUCUAGAUUUCACGUUCAACCAUUUGUUGGAUUUUUAUUACCACUUACAGGGAAAACGGCAGCGGAAAGAACGAGUUAUACGUGAUGAAGAAUAUUUCGGUUUACGGCAAAAACAUGGAUUGUCUGAGACGGUAUAUGACGGUUCGUAUCGGCCGUACAACACGUCAACACGAGACCCCUUUGAGAAACUGCGUGUGCGUACAUUUGUAAAGUCGGCUAUUAAAAAAAUAGUACAGUAUUUUUACGAAGCCUGCGAACGUAAAACCCAAAAUUGGAUAUGGAAACUCCGUGUUUACGAAGAAUUGUUUUCGCCAGAUCAUAUAGCACGGCACGUAGUUUGGAAAUCGUUGAUUUUCUACGAAAAUUCAACUUACCUGAAGACUUUCGAAGAUUGCCAAAUUCGGAAAAGUGCUGGUGGUCGCUUGUGCCGUUCACACACCGAUUGGGAGUUUACGUUUUCCGAACGUGGAUCCCGAUCGUUUUAA